UGAGGCAUAUACUGAAAAGUCAGCCUCGUGGAUACUGAGGCGUCGCAAUUUGUCCCCGAUACAGCAGCCGCGGGGAACGUUUUGAUACUUUUAACAGAUGAGAUUUAGUUGCUGACCUUGUCGAUGUGCAGCCUGCAAGGUGUACUUGCAGUUCUUGCUGACUACUUACUGGCCGGUUUGAGCGAGAUUACUCCAUAAAGCCUUAUUUGUUGGACUGCAGGUCCGUGAAAUUAGCAAACAGGGCAGUAAAACAAACGACGUCCACUCCUUCUUGGCAUGCGUUUUGAUCUGAGUGUUGGCUCUGGCUACCAGGCAUCGGCUGUUUUGCUCCUCCGUCUCAUAUUGCUGACCUCUCUGCAUCACAGACAUUGAUUUAUGGAUCUUUUCUGCUUUAUCUACCACACUGUCUCCAAGGGGAAUAACGUGAUGGAGGACCAAGACUUGAGGGAGAUUGGGAUCACAGAUCCGAGCCACAGGAAGAAGAUCCUGCAUGCAGCACGCUCCUUACCAAAGGUGAAAGCCCUGGGAUGUGACGGCAGCAGCUCCCUCUCUGCCUGGCUGGAGAAUCUGGGUCUGCACGAGUACCUGACCAACUUCCUAUCCAGCGGCUACCGCAGCCUGGACUGUGUGAAAAACCUCUGGGAGCUGGAGAUCGUCAAUGUGCUUAAGAUUACUUUGCUUGGUCACAGGAAACGCAUCAUAGCCUCCUUAGCUGAAAGGCCUUAUGAGGAGCCUCCUGUCAAACCUCCUCGGUUGUCUCAGAUCAGGUGUCAGGACCUGCCAGGAUCCCAGACCUCAUCUCCUCUCAGUCACGUGGAGCCCUACAGCGGCCGCUCCAUGGACCCGCUGCUGCCCGCAGCAGAGCCGGGCAGGAAAAAAGCACCAGAAACGGAUUAUGACGUCGCCCAAAGAUAUCAAAGCGGAAGGCAAAAGCCUCAGGAGCGAUAUGAAGAAAUUCAUCAGGAGCCUCGACUGACCUUACGACCUCCGAGUCUAGCAGCAUAUGCCCCCGUCCAGAACUGGCACCACCAGCCUGAGAAACUCAUAUUUGAAUUUUGCGCCUAUGAAGCUAGUUAUCUUGGUUCUAUGCUGAUUAAAGAUCUGAGGGGUAUUGAAUCCACGCAGGAUGCUUGUGCCAAAAUGCGGAGAUCCACAGAACAAAUGAGAAAAAUCCCAACUAUCGUUCUGUCGAUCACUUACAAGGGCGUGAAGUUUAUAGACGCAGCAAACAAGAACAUCAUCGCAGAGCACGAGAUCCGUAACAUAUCAUGUGCAGCCCAGGAUCCAGAGGACCUGUGUACGUUUGCCUACAUCACUAAAGACCUGCAGACCAGCCACCAUUACUGCCAUGUCUUCAGCACAAUAGACGUGAGCCUGACCUAUGAGAUUAUCCUGACGCUGGGCCAGGCGUUUGAGGUGGCCUAUCAGCUGGCUCUGCAGGCCCAGAGGACCAAACAGCAUCAGGGUCUCCCUGCAGGAAGCAGCUCAGACGUCAAUGAAUCCAAGUCCAGUCGACCUGUGCCCAAGCCGCGAGGGAGUGUUCGGAAGUCGGGGGGAGACAUACUGGACCAAGAAGGGGAGUCGCAGCCCCACACCGCUGCCACGUGGCUCGUGGAUCCAAAGGAAUCUAAACGCUCAAUCAGCACUAAGUAUGAGACCACCAUUUUCUAACCGGACCCCCCGUUCUCCUCCUCGUCCUCCUCCUUCCUUGGCCUGGCUGUUCCUACUUCCCUCCUCCUGUGUGCCUUUCACUGUGACUCAGCCCUUUCCUUUGCGCUGGACGUCCACUUCCCCUCACCUCCUGACAACACAGCCUGUGACAGCUAACCAGCCUCUGUUGCUCCUUCUCCAAGUUGAACCUUCACCACUUCUACACUCUGCAUUGAUUAUCGCAAUCACUCAACAAGUCUGGCACUAACAUAUUCUCCUUUAACUCACCGCUUCCCUUUCUUUCCCCUUCGACUGCAAAUGUACUGUUUUCCUCUCGGUGAUGAGCUCUUUCUUUCCCGCUGCAUCAGGCGACGGCCGCUCUGAAGCUUUUUCGCUCUGAUCUUUCCAUCUCUUGACUUCACUGAGUGCUGAGAAAAAUCUGAGAACCCACCCGCUUUGCUCAUCCCAUUCCCGGAUGGAUGUUUCCAGAAGAAAACUGUGGAUCUGCUCUCCUAACUCUAUGCAUCCAUCAGGCUUUAGCAGGCUGCUCCUCUUUCGUGGGAGUGCGAGUGUUUAGGAGGUUUAUUACUAUUAGCCGCUUGCUUAAAGCCACGCUGAGUUCUUGUAGCACUGUGAGGAGCUCGUUUAGAGGGGAUUUGUUCUUAGAAAGAGAACAUGACACAGCAAAAAGUCCAAAUCAACGUGCCUUGCAGAAGUGUUGACCUCAUGCAAUUGUUUUUUUUCCACAUUUUAAGUUGCAAAAACAAACUUCAAUGUUUUUUUAUUGUGCAUUUAUUUGUUAAAAACCAAUAUAGAGUUGUGCAUAACUGAUCAGAGGUAGCAUGUUUUUAAUUUUUUUCCUAUUUACAAUCUGAAAAGAGUUGCAUGUGUUUGCAUUAAGAUUUUAUAUUGUAGCUCAAACUCAGAUUGGAUGAACUCCAUCUAUGAAUUUUUCUUUGAUAUGCCAUUUGCUGUGUCCCCUAUGUUGCUUCCAAGUAGAACUUAAUAAAAGUUGUCUAUUUAACAUUAUUCUCCCACCUGGGCUGUGUACCUGUCCAACUCCUCCAAAGUUACAACUGACUUCCUGUCACUUUAGGUUAGCUCUAACAAGCUUUCCUGUACCUCCAAAAUAAAAGCUUCUCCGUAGUGAGGCUAGUUGAGAAAAAGUCUAUAAAAGGCGUUGGACGUUGAGGUUUUAAGAUGACCAUAUUUUAAACUUAUGUGUGAAUACUUUUGCAAGGUAUUGUAUAUUUGGACUGUUAUGCUCUAAUUUGUCUAAUCAGAGCAAAAGGGUGCAGCCAGAUGAUUUUUCUACAGUGAACUGACAGUAAUUAAGCACUUUUACCUUUUUUUUUUUGUAUAAAAAUAACAGCAUUUCCUCUGUGUAGCUCUCCCUUCUUUUCUUCUUUUCACAACAAAUGCCUUCAGUAUUCAUCCUGUCUGCAUUGCCUUUCUGUAAUAUUGCCAAUGAUACUUGUUGAAUACAUUGCUGCUGGAAAAAAAAAAAAAAGUUACGCAUUACAUAAAGGGAGGAACAGUUUGUGUGAACAUGUGUUUUCUGUUUUCACUCCAUUUUAAUCAUCUUACAUUGUGUGCAUGUGUCUGCGUGCCCCUCCCUCCUCUCUUAGCUGAAUGUCGCUGCUCCUCCCAUUAAGCGAGAUGGGACGGGAAUGAACCCUGUUGCAUGAUGGGGAUGAGCUGGCGUUUUUUUUUUUGUGUGUGUUUUUUGAUCGAAAAGUGAUGAGCAGCAGCUCAUCGCGUCAUCAGUCCGAUCAUGCUCGCAGCACACAUGGAGACCCGAAGACAAAGAAGAGGCUCUGCUCCUUUUCGUCUGACCUCUCCACACAUCUUCCUGCCCAUCAGAGUGUGGCAGUGUCUCUGCUCUCCAUGCAUUCACAAGCUGUAGCCUCCCUCACAGAGACUUGGUGUUCACUGUUUGAGAAAACAUACCUGUGUGCACCGAUGCAGAAAUCUGUAGCGAAAGGAGAAGUGGCACAAGUGAGAAUAUUGAUCUUUUUUUUUUCUUCUUUUUUUUGAGAGAGUGAGACCUCACACUGUACGCACAGACUACCCUUUGUGUUCAGAUAUCGGAGCUUCUCUCCAUAACCAUCAGCCUAGUAUAUUCCUGCAUGGGAGAAACAUUUUAACCAACACUACAAAGACUUAUCUCUCAAUGAAAUCCCACUUUUAUUUGAUUUGAUUCUUAUUUUGUUGGUUUUAUUCAUUUUAUGGAACUGAUAGUGUCCUAAUGCUGGAACUGGAUCAUGACUGGCGCACUCACCUUUUUCCUUCCCCCAUUGUUUAAUUUAAUCUUACCAAGAUUAUUCACCAAAACCUGCCAUGCAGGCUGGUACGACUUUUUUAUUUUUUAAGCUGCAGAACAGAACAAUAGGGUACAACAUGUUUUUCCAGGUGACUCCCUGUACGUUGACUGUUAAUGGUACUAUUGGGUGCAUCAGUGUGAGUCUGAGUACUUAACGGUUUAACUGUGGUAUGUGUGGCGACACACUGGUGCGCCCUCUUCAGCAUCCCGGUGUGGGCACCUGCUAGCCAUCGGCCUGAUCCAGUGCUGCUUUUGCACAUUGCCAAGGAUCAGGAGACUUUUUUUUUUUUUUUUUUUUGGAACUAAUCUGAUAUGUUGAGAAUGGAAAUGUACAUGAUUCUAGAGCAGUCUGUAUUUUGAUACUUGAAUGAUUUUGGCUUUUAUAGUUAUCUAUAUAUAUAUGUGUAUGUAUGUGUAUAUGUAUGUAUGUACGUAUAUAAUUUUUGAUGUUUUUGUCAAAGCAAAGGACUAUGUCUUAUAAACUAAAACAUAUCGUGAAUAAAUACCCUGUGAUUUAAAAAGAAAAAAGGCUGAGGAAUUGACUCAGAGGGACCUCAAUUCAUAAAAAGAAAAGAUUGUAAAUAAUCUUGGGCUUCCAGUCUUUUUUAUAGUUAUUUUUCAUAACUGUAAAACUAAUAAAUGUUGGGAUUAGAAUUAUUUCCUUCGUUGAAUCUUUUUUUUUUGCUAUUUUAUGUUUUUGUAAGCUCUUAUACUGCUAUCAUCUGUGCACACUCGUGCUGUUGACAUUCAUACAUACAGUGGAAUUUAAAAAGUCCACACAAAAUGUCAAUUUUCUGUAAUCUCAUUAUACAUAAUGAUAUAUUUCAAGCCAGUAUUUCUUUGUAAUUUUACUUUGUUUUAUUAUAGAAUGUUUUACAAUAGCUUUUUUUCAUCCCGAGUACAGAUACCAGCUUAGACUGAUCAUGUUUUGACCCACUGUUUGGUUAAAACUACCUACCUUCUUUAUCAACAGCAUAUUGGUUAAACACGUAACCCAACUAGUUUUUCUGUGUCGACGUGGUUUGCUCAAAUCAAUUUGUUCAGGUUGACUUGGGUAACUCUGCCUCCAAACAACUUCUGUCAUUCCUGAAGCAAACAAAGCCUGCUGUGAUUUCACAACCAAAGCAUUAUUACAAGGUUUACUAUACAUUGUUUUCCAUUUUCCUUCUCAUUACUCUAAUGUGUUAUGAAUAUGCUCAAGCUGAAAGCAUUCCUGUUUGCGUGCCCUACAUUUAUAUUUUUGUCAGCUGUAAAUAAUUUCAAAUAUUCAAGCUGUCAUUCCAGCUGUUGUUAAAUGAGUCAACGGGAGAAAAUUACUGCAGCAAAGAAUUUACUUCAGCUCAGAACUAUGAAGCCUUACUACAUUUAUUUUUGUUUAAGUGAAGAGUAGCUGCGUGAGAGCAGAAGCGUCGCUGAUUGCUGAAGGUUUCUGCCAUGUUCUAAAAGUGACCAGUUUAUAUUCAUCUCAUCUAAAAUGGCCUACUAGUUUAAUUCUGCUCGUGAAGUUAUGUAGCUGCGAACUUGGCAGGUAAAGGACCUGAUAAUUCUGUCAAAUGAUGUUAACAGUGCUUCUUUAUUCUGAAAAGUAAAAUGUAGUGCCAUUGGCAUGCAAUAAAAAAAAAAUAAAAAAACUCGAGGGGAAAAGGGCAGAGGAUGGUGGUGAUUUCAAUUUACAUAGUCACAAACAUGUGGUGCUAUUCCUGGGUGACACUCAACCAGCUAAAACGGACUUAUAAUGACUUAAUGUCAUUUGAAGUGUAGUGCAAGCUAAGCCUAGC